CUCCCACAAGGCAGCGCGCCGGGCCGACGCGGCCGGCUCCGGAGCCCUUUGUGAGGGCGGCGGACGACGCCAGACGGCGGCACCAUGAGCGGCUCGGGCGGGGCGGCGGCGGCGGCCGUCAGCUCCGCGCCGCCGGCGCAGGACGAGGGCAUGACGUGGUGGUACCGCUGGCUGUGUCGCCUGUCGGGGGUGCUGGGGGCCGUCUCUUGCGCCAUCUCGGGCCUCUUCAACUGCGUCACCAUCCGCCCUCUGAACAUUGCGGCCGGCGUGUGGAUGAUGAUGGCCGUCAUUCCCAUCGUCAUCAGCCUGACCCUGACCACGCUGCUGGGCAAUGCCAUCGCAUUUGCCACCGGAGUGCUGUAUGGACUCUCCGCUCUGGGCAAAAAGGGCGAUGCGAUCUCCUAUGCCAGGAUCCAGCAGCAGAAGCAGCAGGUGGAUGAGGAGAAGCUCACGGACACCCUGGAGGGGGAGCUGUAAUGUGAGCUCCCUGCUCGCCCCUCUGGUUCAGUUCAAACAUGUCCUGUAGGGAUGAGGCCUGGAGCAUUGACCCUGAAGGACAGCCUAGAAGAGGAGCCUUUGGCUCCCACCAGCCUCCCUACACCUGUCCCUACACCUGUCCCUACACCUGGAGUCCUCUUCUGUCUUCUCCUCCCUCUAGCUUGGUGUCUCCCGGCCCUGGGCCUCGGCCCGCAGCAGGAAGACUGGCGGUGACAGCGGGCAGCCUCGACGGUGACCCAGGCCGCAGGGCUGGAGGCAGGGCGGGGCCUGCCUGGUUCCACUCCUUGCAGCUGGCCUGGCUCGGCUGGAAACAGGCUGCCGUGUGCAUUUCCGGACUCCCACCGCCAGCGGAGUCCCCGGGACCUGCUGAAGGCUUGGCUUGGGCGGGGCUUCCCCCACAGAUGCUGGGCCUGUGCCGAGCAGGGAGGCAUGUCACCCUGGGCCCGGGCAUUGGGCAGAGUGAGCCACCUGGGUCCCCUCUGUCUACCUGUCAUCGGGACAGCGGUGCCCUGUGGCCCAU